AAGUUUUCUUUUAUAAUGUUCACUUACAUGUUACAUUACUUAGACAAAUAAAUAUUUGAAGGGGUUUUGUGGAUAUUAUAGUAAUUCCAAUAGUUGAGGUCAUGAGAUUAUGCCGGCUCUGUGGUCUAGAGGUUAAGUGUUCGCACACCAGACCAAUAGGUCCUGGGUUCGAAUCUUACGAGGCAGGAUCGUGGAUGCCCACUGUUGAAAUCCAUGAACGCUGUUGAUGAGCAAAUCUGUCAACAAAAUUUAUUCAGCUUGUCCAGUGAAUAUUUGCAAUAUGGGAACAUGUUUCAUUAUAAAUAAUAAUUCACUUUGUAGAUGUCCGGAGACACAUACCGGUGAAUUAUGUGAUCAACUUGUGUCAAAUGAUAAAAUCAAAAAUAAAUUAAUCAUGAAUACACAACCAAUUAAAAAGAAUCUAAACUAUCUGCAGUCGGAUUCAAAAUCACCCUCGUCAGUUGACCUAAUUAAUUCUGUAUCAAUUCUAAAAGAUAAUAAUAAUAAUCAACCUAAGCAAACUAUGCAACUAUUAUCAGAAAUAAAACGUGAAAAGUUCGAUUUGUGUACUCUUCCUGAAUUUCAAUUUACUACUGAUUGUCUACAUGUCAAAAGUCAUUUGGCUACAUUCAUUGGCACUGCGAUCACAUGUUCAAUGAUUAUAUUGCUAUUAACAUUCUGUGCAGCAUACUUUAGAAGGAAAAAACUCUUAAACAAAAGAAAACAAGAUUGUAAAUGUCUAUCGAAAGAAAAUAAAUCAGAACCUAUAAAUUCUAUUAAAUCAGCUGAUCAUAGAUCAUCGUCUGUUAUGAGAGAUACUAUAAAUAUUUUUAGCAAUGAUGAAGUUAAGCAUUCAUUCAGUUCAUUUAAAUCGGUAUCAUUUGAGGGUACAUUGUAUACAGAUUCUAUAGAUAAAAAUUCCAGAAACUUUAAUGUUGACAUACUUCAAUCGAGUAUUACAAAUUCAGAUUAUGGAGUUAUAACUCAAGGUAGUAAUAAUAGUAAUAUACAGAUAUCAAGUAACGGUAAAGAUAAUUUAACACAUAAUUGUUCAAAAAAAUUUCCCAAUUCUCCUUCAUCAUGUUCAAAUACUGCUUAUGUUGUAUGGACUACCACACCAGAAAUUAUUCGAGAUGAUGAACGAGAAUUAACCAACCAUUCAUUGGAUAAAAUACUAAUACACACAAAUGCUCAACAACAACAAAACUCAAAAGAGCAACAAUUAAUUUUUUCACCAACAACUUCAUAUAUUUCAGCUGCUUUACCAAAUUCACAAGAAAUUAUCUUAAAUAAUGAUGCAUUAUUUAAUCAAAAUGAUCUCAGUAAACUUCUGUCGUCUACAGCAUCGUCAUCAACAGUACUAUCUGGACCUAAUUUAUAUAAUCCUGUAAAUGUUAAAUUAGCUGAUAUAAGUAACAAAAUGCAGCCGUCGAGUGGUGCUUCGGUACUGAACUCAAUAGAUGCUCCAAGUAAAUCAAACUAUAUUGUAAGUAAAUCACAAAAACCAAAAGAAACUGUACAAUCUUAUGCAUUUUGUACAAAUAUGGCAUAUUGUGAUUCGGUAACAAAUUCACAAAUAUCUAAUAUAUCUACAUUAAUUACGGAUAAUUCAUUACAAGAAUUUACAACAUUAGAUACAGUUUUACAAUCAGUUGAUGCAAAUGAAAGUUUUCUUAAACAUGUUUAUCAUACAACAGAUACCUUAUUACCACAAUCAACAUCAUCAUUAUCAUCACCAUCUCCGAAUACAUGUGUUAUUGUUGAUCAAGAUCAUUUUAGAUUUGGUUCAAAUCUGGUCUAUUUUUGUCCUAAUUCAUAUCCGAAUAAUAAUUAA